CUGCCAGGCGUGACCGUGUCUAGGGCAGGACUGCAAAGCUUCACCCAAUGUCUGCGCAGUCAGCUGCCUGCGACAGGGUCUUCCGCGUUCCCUGGAGCAGUUCCUCUCCUGAGAUCUUGGUCAUGGCUCCUUCCUCUCCCUAACCCUCAAGAGAGAAGAGUUGGAGAAAAAGACUCCCUUCCUUCUCAGAGAGGUGUGUUCUGGCCUGGUCUGUGUGUCAAGGCCGCAACCCGUGCCCAGGCGCGGUGACUCAGUGCUGCCCCAGUGCUGCAUACAUCUGUGUGCAAACAGAGUAAGCUGUGUUCCAGCCACCAGCACACCUUCGAGGGACACGAUGCAGAGGGCUGCAGCACACUGCGAAGAGCCUAAAGAAGAUCUCUGCUGACAAACCGUAGCCUUUACCUUCUCGUGUCCUUGGAUCUGAGAGCCGAGCGUGGACAGUGGCUGGGAUGACAGAGUGUACCUGAAGCUUGGAGCGGCCAGAGCCUCAGCUUCCCAUGGGAUCCUGCUCGCCCCAGCCCAGCCAUGUGCCCAGUCGCCCAUUGUGUACCUGGAGAGCAGGGAAGGGGCUGCUGAGAAUGAGGGUCACCAUGCUGUGUCUCAUCUGCUUCUCUGUCAUCGCUGCUGAAGGCUACACUGGCUUCCUGGGGAGAAACAAUGCCCUCAAAACAAAAAGAGAGCUCAGAGAGGAUACGCAAGAGCUUCCAGACCCACCCCAGGAAUUCGAGGUGCUACUGCAGGUGCCCUACAGAAAUGCCGGGGAGAAGGAACUCCUGCGGAGAGCGCUGGAGCCUCCAUGGGGGCCCACAUCCCACUGCUUCCCGGGGCCCUCAAAGGUCCUGGGGGCGAAGGCCACCACAUACUGCCACGGCCAUGAUGGGGGCCUGCGCUGUGCCUGUGAGGACACCUACACCUGGUUCCCCUUCUCCUGCCUCGAUCCGCAGCAUUGCCUCCUGAACACGACUGGAUCCUCCCCAAGCUGUGACUGUCAUCUCAACAACCUCAGCCAGAGUGUCAACUUCUGCGAGAGAGCAAAGGUUUGGGGCACUUUCAAGAUUCAGGAAACAUUUACGAAGGACCUUUUGAAUUCUUCUUCUGCCAAAUACUCUAAAUAUGCAUCUACAACUGAAAAUCAACUCAAAGAAGUAUUCGAAAAAAUUCAAGGUUUUGAGUCAGUUCACGUCACUCAAUUUCGAGCCGGCAGUAUCAUUGUGGGCUUCGAAGUCAUCGGCUCCAGCAGCACUUCCCAGCUGCUGGCCGCUGUCCAGCAGGAGGCCGCCUCUAUCCAGGAGGCUCUCAGCAGAGUGUUUCCCCUGGAACCUGGCUCCUUCACCGUGUUCAAGAAAGCCAUGUGUCACAGUGCAACCUUUGGGUUCGGGACUGAGGAUGACGAGUAUACCCUGCCCUGCAGCAGUGGCUACACUGGCAACAUCACAGCCCGGUGCCGGUCCUCGCGGUGGCAGAUGGUGCAGGAGUCCUGUGUGCUCUCCCAGCUGCAGGAACUGAUGCAGAACUUCACCGCCAUUGCGGACAGUGCCACACAGGCAGAUGUGUCGUCCUUGGUACGAAACCUCUCAGUCAUCGUACAGCGGAACCCAUCCACCACAUCUGGAAACCUGGCUUCAGUGGUGUCAAUUCUGGGCACAGUCUCAACCCUAUCCCAGGAGAAGCAUUUCACAGUGUCAAACUCAACCUUGGAGGAUGUCAUCAGCAUAGCCGACCACAUCCUCAAUUCAUCAUCGAUAAGGAACUGGACGAUUUUAUUGCAAGAGGACCAGCAGGCCAGCUCCCACUUUCUAGAGGCACUGGAAAACAUCACCAUUCUGGUACCUUCCUCUGCUCUACCUCUGAACCUGUCUAAGGAAUUUAUUAACUGGCAAGGGAUUCCAUGGACCCAAAUCCAGGGUAAUCACAGUUACAGCUACCAGGUUGAGAUGUUCCAAGAAGAUCGCUCCAUCGGAGGCCAUGUUUUUAUUAGCCCAGAGCAAUUCCAGUUCUCUGCUCCAGAAACUAUCGUCAGCAUGGCCUCCGUGACUUUGGGGAACAUCCUGCCCAACACCCAAGGUGACCUUGCUCAAGUCAAUGGGCCGUUGAUAUCUACAGUUACCCAAAACUAUUCCAUCAAUGAAAUCUUCCUGGGCUUCUCCAAGAUAGAUGCUAACCUGAGCCAGCCCCGCUGUGUGUUUUGGGAUUUCAGCCAUUUGCACUGGAGCAGUACUGGUUGUCACCUGGUGAAUGAGACUCCAGAUGCAGUGCUGUGUCGGUGCACUCACCUGACCUCUUUCUCCAUGCUGAUGUCACCCUCUGUCCCUGCUCCGAUUGUCCCUGCGGUGAGAUGGAUCACCUAUGUGGGCCUGGCCAUCUCCAUUGGAAGUCUCGUCUUGUGCCUGCUCAUUGAGGCUCUGUUUUGGAAGCAGCUCAGAAACACCCAGACCUCGCACACACGCCACAUCUGCAUGAUGAACAUAGCCCUGUCCCUCUUGAUCGCCGACAUCUGGUUUAUUGUUGCCACCACCAUCGACACCACUGCCGGCCCCUCUGGCGUCUGCACAGCUGCCAUCUUCUUCACUCACUUUUUCUACCUCUCCUUGUUCUUCUGGAUGCUUGUGCUUGGCGUCCUGCUGUCUUACCGCCUCAUCUUCGUGUUCCACCACAUGGCCAUGCCUUUCAUGAUGGCCAUAGGGUUCUGCGUGGGCUAUGGAUGCCCGCUCAUUAUAUCUGCCAUCACCAUUGCGGUCACUCAACCUAGCAACAGCUACAGCAGGAAGGACGUGUGUUGGCUCAACUGGUCAGAUGGGAGCAAACCUCUCUUGGCUUUUGCUGUCCCUGCGCUGACUAUCGUGGUUGUGAACCUGGUGGUGGUGCUGUUAGUGCUCUCGAAACUCUGGAGGCCAACCGUCGGGGAGAGAGUGACCCAGGAUGAGAAAGCCACCGUCAUCCGCAUGGGGAAGAGCGUCCUCAUCCUGGCCCCUCUGCUGGGGCUCACCUGGGGUUUUGGCAUCGGAACCAUGGCGGACAGCCAGAACCCCGCCUGGCACAUUCUCUUCGCUUUGUUCAAUGCGUUCCAGGGACUUUUCAUCUUCUGCUUUGGAAUACUCCUGGAUAACAAGCUGCGGCAACUUCUGAUCAGCAAGUUGUCUCCGAUACGCUCUUGGAAGCAGACAUCGAAGCGAAAUUCACCAGAUGUACCUGCCAAACUCAAACAAGUAAAGUAUUUCCAUUCACUGACAGAAAAAGGUCUCAUGUUCCUGUAUCAGAGGUUACUGAAGCCCAUGAUAUCCAGCUACCAGAAGGCCAAUAUUUAAACACUGCAAACAGUCACUGUCUCUUUGGAGGGAAGGGCAAGUAUACACUUUCUCAUCCUGGAGAGUCCUCCAGUGGCAUCAUGCUGACUCAGUUUCUAUCAAAUGAUUAAGGUCAGGAAUCAUAAAAUCAAGACACACUGUUCGGAGCCCCUUGGCAUUUAGAGCUAGAUGUCAGAGAGGAAAGACUGCUUCAUACCAGAUGACAUAUUCUGACCCAGGACCAGGACUAGAGGGUUCUGGCUGCUUUUUUACUGCCUCCUUUAUCUCGAAUUCAAUGGAAGGAAGAUUUAUUUCCACAUGGCUUGAGUCAAAGAAGUUGCCUGCUAAGUGCAGAAGAGUUUGCUUUGUUGGAAAUUUUGUCAUUUGUCCCUUCUCAUGAUCGCAAGAUAUGGCUUCCCUUUUCCUAAAAUGACCUUGACAAUAGGACCUUUCCAGUCACGGAUCAGAAUAAGAAAACUCCACAAGCUAACCUUAGAUGACAGUGCUGAUUUUCUUUUCAAAAAGUUCUUGGUGUAUGUUUCCUAGAGAAAAGGCAUUCCUCUUCCAGAUUUUCCAGUUGAAUUUUAUGCUUCUUCUUUUUUUUUUUUUUCCUUCAUGGGUUCAAUCUCUUAGCUUUGAAGGCUAAUCUGAAACAAAAUAAAAACUUCCACUUUGAUAGCUGUGUAGCCAUUUAUGAGGAAGGGCAGCAAUGUGACUUGAUGUGGAACGGAGCAUUUUACAGUUUGCAGUGCCUUUUCAUGUGUUCUCUUACCCAGUAACUGAAGCAUCCAGGCCAGAGGUAAGGAAAGUGAAAUCAUUCACCAAAGACUGUAAAAUCACUACAGGACAAUCAGGAUUAUUUUAAGAUUUGGUCCUAACCCAUGUUUGCAAUGCCAUAAUAGCCUUAAAUCCUGUUUACAACCUUAAGAAAUCUUUACGAGAUGAGAUGCAUGGUUCACUGUUCAUUCCCAGAAUUCUAGCUAUGGGAGAGAGGAGUUAAGGGGGAGUUUGGUAACCAGCUUCCAGGUUGUGCCUCCUACUUCUGGAUUGUCUCCAUCAUGCAGCGGAAGUGCUUUUUGGAAGUUAUUUAUGAGGAUAAUUGGAACAGCUUUAGGAUGGGGGCAGAGCUGCAGGUGCGGGGAUGCUAACAAGCAGCACGACUUUCCCAUAAUCCUGUCACUCUGAGGUCACCUCAGGGUCAGCCCUCACUGCAGUUUUAAAAGAUCCAAACUUCAGAGUCACCAUUCCUGUUUUGAAAGCUACAAAGUGUUAAAGCAUGUCCGUUAGCUCCUGACAUGAAAAGCCAUCAUGAUAAACAAAUAAAGGUACUGUGGGGAAUUUCUACUAAUGGGAGUGAGUUAGACAGACAUAUGUAGAGAAAAUUUGGGUUCAAAGUUCCACAAGGCACCAAGCAGCAACACCGAUGAAAUGUCAAGUGAGAUGUUCAAAGAAAACGACUGAGGACCACUUAGAAGACUCCACACCCCAUGAACAUAUCCAAAAACCAGAAGAGAAUUUGGUGAGAAACAGAGCCUUGGAGAGAGCUGCUUGGCAAGCCUCCUCAAUUCUCUCGUUUGGAUGCCUGCCCCACACACAGCAUGGGAAAAGGACUUCGUGAUCACCCUCUAUGGAAUAUGGCACAUGGGGUGUGUGCGUGGCUGCUGCUGUCUGAUUCUUGCCUGGACUUGGACCAGGGCUCUGUGCUUAGACUGGCUGCACAGAAGUGUUUUCCAGGGCCCAGGGGUGCUUGUGCUUCCCAGGAACCAUGGUGAGAUGUGCAGGACAGAGCCUAGAUGGGGCUGCAAGGUCCUGUGUGACAGGCUGUGCAGAGAGGGAAAGGAAGCCAGCAUCAGAAUUUGCAUGCAAUACCGGCAUGGAGUGAGGACAGAGUCACAAGUGACCAGUGUGGGUGCAGGAGAAUCUUCACUGUUGAAGGACUUGCAGGUGAGAGACCAGGACUGGGGAAGUCUCGAGAGUCAGAGCAGUUACCAUGCAGUGUCACGCUGUCUGACAUCAGGUGAGGGGAGCCUCAUCUCUUCCUGGGGUGGGAGAGGGGAGGUAGAGAACCUCAGUGGGCAGGGUGGGGAAGCCAAACAGGAAAACUAAGGCCAAUAGCAAAUAGGAUCAGUGUGGCCGCAGUCAGCCCAAGGCAGGACUUGGCUGGAGGAGAAACAUUUGAUACUAAAUUGCUUGUCACUUCUUAACAUACUUUUAUCACACACUUAAAUUUAUCCAAAUGUCCCUGUUUUCCAGGCACAUAGGGGUCCUGGAGGAUAUCUGGUGAGGAGGAAAUCUCCCACAGAAUAGUUUUUAUCAGGCAGAAAAUAUAAGUGUUUGAUCUCAUACCGGGUGUCAUGCUUGUCUAAGCCAUUGGUUACACACAUUCACCUAAAAAUUCUCCUAAAACAAUAAAAGCAAAAAAGCAGAAAAGUA